UCUUUUGAUGUCACAUGAUGCAUAAAAGGCAGCGCGCCAGUGGGGAGAACAACAGAAAUCAAAUAGCGCGACCAUGAGCGGAAAGAUCGUCUUCUUCGAGGGGAGAAACUUCCAGGGCCGCUCGUAUGAGUGCAUCAGCGACUGCUCUGAAAUCACCUCCCACCUGAGCCGAUGCAGCUCCUGCAAGGUGGAGAGUGGGACGUUCAUGGUCUACGACCAGCCCAACUACACGGGCCAGCAGUACCUCCUGACCAGGGGAGAGUACCCCGAGUACCAGAAUACCAUCGGCUUCAACGACUGCAUUCAGUCCUGCCGCAUCGUCCCCGUGCACAAGGGGCCCUUUAAAAUGAGGAUCUACGAGAGAGCGAACUUUGAGGGGCAGAUGCAUGAACUGACUGAUGACUGCGACUCCAUCCAGGAUCACUAUCACAUGUCUGACAUGCAGUCCUGCAACGUGAUGGAAGGCUACUGGUUGAUGUUCGAGCAGCCAAACUACGAAGGCAAGAUGUUUUAUCUGAAACCAGGAAAGUACAGGAACCUCAAAGAGAUUAGCAGCGAUGACACGAGGUUCAACUCAGUCAGACGCAUCACUGAAUCUUAACUGUCUAAUCGCUUACAUUUAGCUAAUUGGUUUUGCAGAUGCUUUUGUUUUAUUAACAUUAACAAGAUGUCGAAGAGGGAGGCAAAAAAAGAAGGAGCCUUGUUUUUAUCCUGAAACUGUGAUUUGUGCAUUGUUUGCAUGUAGUUCCAGUUGUACUGUGCAAUCCAGCCACGAUGAAUUUACCUCUAUAACUGUGUGAUGCACACAAUAAAAUGAUUUGCUGCAUA